AUGGUCAGAACAGGAACAACAUCUGCAGAGUCAGCACAACCGAUCACCACCAAUGAAAUUACUCCUACUACCUACAUUGAUGAAUCCGCAACAAGUAGUUUUGUAACAAACCCCGAGAUUACCACCAGUUCACUUUCAACAUUCAGUUCAGAAAGCACUCGUGUUACUGAAACCUCCCCUGAACACACCACUAGUACAACAGAGCAUCCACCAACAACUCUGGAGACUUCUGAGACCACAAGGUCCUUGAACACUGAAGUUCCAACUAUUGCAACAACCAUGGUCAGAACAGGAACAACAUCUGCAGAGUCCGCACCACCAAUGACCACCAAUGAAAUUACUCCUACUACCUACAUGGAUCAAUCCACAACCACUAGUACAACAGAGCAUCGACCAACAACUCUGGAGACUUCUGAGACCACGACGUCCUUAAACACCGAAGUUUCAGCUUCUUCUUCUACAACAACAAUGGUCAGAACAGGAACAACAUCUGCAGAGUCAGCACAACCGAUCACCACCAGUGAAAUUACUCGUACUACCUACAUGGACCAAUCCGCAACAAGUACUUUUUGUCCCAACUGUCAGUGUAAUCUGGGAAGCUGUGUGUUCAAUGCAACACUUAACGGAUGUCAGUGCCUGUGUCAAAUACAUGUCUUUGGAGAUACAUGCUCUUUUGGAGAAAGCAACAUUCCUAUUGACACUGGCAGAUUCCCAACUCGAAAAGCAAAUAUUACUUUGAAAAUCAACAUUACGUACACAGAGGCAUUUAAUAAUUUAAGUUCACACGAAUCAUUGGAUUUCAUUAAUAAAUUAGAAAACAAGCUCGUAGGGCUAUGCAAAGAAGCAGACCCCCAGUCCUUUAAAACAGUGAAAGUUAUCAAAUUAAGUCAAGGAAGUGUUGUUGCAGAGAGUGUGGCGGAGUAUAUCUAUGAAAACAAUGAAACUCAAAUCCAGUUUAUUAACACCCAGCUUGAUGGGGUUUUGAGGAAUAUCCUUCAAAACCAAAAUAACCUAAAUAAGAUUUCUUUGGCCUUUAAUAAUGCAAGUGUGCAGUUAAAUAAUCUCACCUUGCAGUCACCUCCAAUAACAAAUAUCACAGAUUUGGAGCCUUUUGUUAACUGUUCUCAGUUUGCCAAUUACACUGCUGAGAUUAGUAAUGGUCAAUGGCAGUGUGUUGGACCUUGCAAGACAAACCCUGAUUACUGCCAUGGACAUGGGGAAUGUCUCAAUGACAUUUACAAAGGCCCGGCUUGCAGGUGCUAUGAAAACAGCCUAGAGCAGUUUUAUGGUCCACAGUGUGACCUCUUUCGCAGAGGUCCAGGUUUCUAUGGAGCACUGUUUGGCUCACUGGCAGUAGCACUCCUGCUCUUGAUUAUAAUCAUCAUUGCUGUCAUUAUCAAAAAGAGACAUAUUUGCACUUGGAAAAGAAGCAACUCUUAUAAGGGUAGACUGCGUUUUUUGGAGGAAGAUUUCUUUGACUUCUCUGAUAGAGGAGCUGACGAUUUUGGAGUGGCAGGGACUUACAGUUCAGAUAGCACAUUAAGACAGUGA